ACUAGACAUUUUAUACAGCAUCGCCGUCCGACUGAUGAGUCUCUGCAGAGUCAGCGCAAUGUUUUCUCCUGUUUAAUUUAACUUGAAAACUUUGAUCUGCAAAAACAAGCCUACUUCGUCGGAAGCAUCCAGGAUCAUGACUCAUAGUGUAUUUGGAGUACUUCUAAUCCUGAUUCUGAUAUCAUGUCAGAUCGGAUCAAUCCAAUCAGCUCCUCUCUCCUCCUACUUGGUAUCUUCAUUUACAGCUCCUGAUUCUGACUUCAACCAACAGUUCAACCACAUAGCGAUCAACAACAUCACUGGGGAUAUAUAUAUAGGAGCACGAGAGAGGCUCUACCAACUCGACUCUGACCUGGCUCUGAAAGUGACGGUGGAUAAUGGAAAUUGUGAUACUUCUGAUAAAGACAACAAACUACUUACUACCGUGGUUACACAUCAUAUAUAUAAGCUGAUCACAUGUGGCUGCCUGAAAGGGGAAUCUCUCUGUCAGACAAGGAAUCCGGUAAAUAUAUCACUGGACCUGAUAGAACUAGCUGAUACCCCGCACAUUGUGGCAAUGGGAGACGUGUCUAUGUCUACUGUUGGUGUUGUUGCUCUCGGUACUGACUUUGAAGAAGAUGAAAUUACUAAACAUGGUGAAUCUUUGUAUUUUUUCAUUGCGAGAAGUGGUGGGGGAGCUGCUUCUGCAUUCAGAUUCAUUUCAAAGUACAGUCUCGCGGACCUUCAAUCACAACAACAAAUACAAGCAAAUAUCUUUACUGACGAUUCGACAAGCUCCAAGCAUAUUAUUUCUUACGAAGAUUUUAUAUUCGUUUCUAUAUCAAGAGACGAGGAAACUUAUUUAGGACGUAUUUGUCGUGAUUCACCGGACCAAGACUUUGAAUCGUACACGGAGAUAAAGCUGGAGUGCCGACAGGGUCGGUCCAAAAAUGUUAUUCAAUCAGCUUACAUUGGACCAGCAGGAUCUGAGUUGGCUGAAUCGAUGAAUAUCAACACCAUGGAUGGCGUAUUGUACGCGGUAUUUUCAUCUACAUCUUCGUCUUCUCUUUGUGUGUAUACGAUGAUCGAUGUCCAGCAGAGCUUCAAAGACGCUAUCUUAGGGUGUAUUGAGGGAACGAGCACUGGUGCAGAGAACAUGUUCCUGGAAAACAGUAAAUGCGAGAUGUAUCCCGUUACGCCUUACACACCAUCGGAUUCGUAUCAGUGUAGAGGUAUAAUUGAAGACGGGUAUAUACUGUAUAAGUAUGUCAGUGCAACGAAUCCCCUUUCUGCCUCACCCACCACUACUAUCCCUAAUGUGACUUCAACCUCAAUUGUGACCAUCAUAGAAAGACAUCACACAGUGGUAUUCAUAGGAGAUACAGAAGGAAGCUUACACAAGAUUAACAUAGUGAACACUUCGUGCGGGUACGUGUAUGAAGAUGUCUCUCUUGGAGGUGGAUCUGUCUUACAAGAGAUGUUCCUUGAUGAAUCAAAAGAGCAACUUACACUUGCUACAAGUUCGGACCGAGACUCGAGUCAGAAUCGGGUUGUUACAAUCGAUUUAGUCAACUGUGGACAGUACCAGACCUGCGCGGAGUGCAUUGGUGAGGAUGGUGGAAAUGAUGGAGAUCCUUACUGUGGAUGGUGUACUCUAGAGGCAAGGUGUACCCGAUACGAAGAAUGUCCUUCCCCUGAUGAAUCUACUCGGUGGCUGUCUUACAAUGCCAUCCAAUGUGUAUCCAUCUCAGAUAUUCAGCCCGAUCAUAGACUACCAUAUAAAGUUACAGAACAAGAGAUCAUCAUUACUGUACAGCAGCUUCCAACCCUCAAAGCUAACCACCAAUACCGGUGUGCCUUCGACUCUUACGUGGUCAGUGCUGUUACAACGUCCGACACAUUAGUUUGUACAACUCCUCCUGUGGACGAAUUGCCUACAAUCCCUGUAGAAGAUGACCAUAAGAAUUUGACUCUCUCCAUUGUCUCAACGGAGACCACAGUUUACUUCAUAAGCACGGAUUUUAUCCUGUUUGACUGCACCUAUCAUAAAUCGUAUGUAACAAAUUUCACUGGAUAUUUUAACACAGCGCUUUAUAUUGCAUGAAUGUAAUCAUUUUAUUGUCUAAGUAGAAUGUUGUUUUCCCUCUAUGUGAUAAAUGUUGCCAUGCCCCAUUUGCUUAGAGAAAUUUAAGGAACAUCUUGGAAAUACGGACUAAUAAGUUCGAUCUGGCAUCUAUCGUGUAUUUCCUUAAAGAAUUUGCCACUUCGUUACGAAUAAGAACUUGCAAGUAAUUCACUUAAUUUGCAGUAAAAAAAGGUGUAACUCUGACCCAGUGCUUUACAUUUCUUUGAGCCCAUUCUUGUUUAUACUAAUGUUUAUACCCAUAAUAACACACUUCACAUGUUACAUAUUACGUUUGAUUUAUUAAAAGGAAAAUGUAUUCGCGAUUACAUUUUUAAAGAAGUUGUGCAGGGGAAGUUGUCAACGUUCUUUCAGCGUUUAUUGAUAUGUAGGAUUAACAGUUUGUGAGACUCUUCCCAGUCCAAGCUUCGAAGAAUAUCUUAACGAUUGAAUGUAUAUAUAUUAUUAUAUCCAGCCCUGAUCGUAUUUAGCCUAAUGCUUUUAAUGCUUAAGCUGACACAUUCGAACACCAACACAAACACCCUUACCCACACCCACCCAGAUCCACACUAUCAAUUUUUUUAGUAUUUCAUUCUGGCAAUUACGAUGGCUCUCCUAAUUACGUUAUGAUUACUUUUGACUAAAACUGGUCUAUCCAAAAUUUAUCGGCCAGUCAGUGGCAUUAUCAUUAAUGUUUAAGCAUGGACCUAGUAGGUCCAUGGUUUAAUGUACAAUAAUCAUGAUAAUAUCAAACCAAUUUUUUUCUCUAACAUGUGUAUGAAUUUGGGAAUUUUCUAGAUCUGCAUAGGCGGAUCCAGGGAGUCGAGCCCCCCCCCCCCCCAUUGCCGGAGCAAAAAAAGGGCGGAG